AUGCCAUCGCUGAAGACGCCACCGUGGCGGCGUGGUGUCGUCCCGCACCUCCACCGGCAAGGACAUCCAAGUCUCCUUCCGGUUCGCCGCGCCGCCGGCGACCUCCCGCCUCUACCUACGCUGGCUGGGAGGGCCCAGCAAGGAGCCAAGGAGAACUCGUCUUUCGCGUACCCCCGCGUCAUCGCUGCGCACGCCGACUCCGUCCUCCUGCAGCUCACCGAUCCGCCCCGAAUCGACUACUUCGUCUACAAGGCCGGUUCCGGCGGGCCGCCGUCGCUCUCGCUGCUCCCCCAGUCCACGGACAUCAGCGCCUCCGGCCUCUUAGGGAUCAAGUGGCGUCGGUGCGCGGCCGAGUGGAGGGAGGAGGUGCGCAGGCUUGGCCUGGCGUCCAUCCCGGCACCGUAUCCUCCUAGAUCGGCCAUCUACAGAGAUGAUGGCGACGGCGAUGGAGGCGAUAUGCAGCCCAGCACCAACACGAGAGGGGAGGCGGCAACACAACUGGCGUCCACCUGGGCACCGUAUCCUCCUAGAUCGGCCAUCUACAGAGAUGAUGGCGACGACGAUGGAGGCGAUAUGCGGCCCAGAACCAACACGAGAGGGGAGGCGUCCUCGACUACGAGUGCCGAGGCGGCCCUUGCUCUCUCAUUUUCCGCUCGUGGAAAGCGGCUUGGCUUUGCCCCAAAGGAAUCCGGGGAAACCCGGCACCUCUUCUUCCCUCUCUACGUUUGGAUCCGGGGUUGGAUCAGAUAUUUAGCAUGGCGUGCAACGCUGUUCAGCAAGAUUCAGAGGGAGGCUGGGGGUUUGAGGCGGACUGUUGGUUCAGGUAUGGGCUCUCCCUGUUGGUUCAGGGGAGCUUCGAAUUUUGUCCUUAUCAUUUGGUGCAAUGGUAACAAAUUCUAUAACUAUACAUUGAUGUGUUCAUCCUCUAUUCCAACAAAGAGCAAUGCAGCAGUCGGAAUUAUGCGUAAAAGAGGAUCUGCAUUGAUCUGUGAUGCUUGGAAAGAAACUCUUUCAAUGGCAGGAUGCAUGCUUUCCGAAAUGAGCACGUCGAAGAGUGGAAUCAAGACGAAUAGUUCUGCUGCAGGUCCACAACCUUCUAGAUGGCCAUUGGAAUUUAAGAAGAAACAGCAAGAGAUCAUUGAGCUUGGGCACACUUGCAGUAUUUUCUUGGGCUACAAUACUUAACUUUUCUUGCUAUUAAAACGAGAAUCAGCUGACUCCAUUUACACGGAAUUCUUUUGAGUCAACAUCUAGACUACGAUUUAAAACGCACUUGGAAGUCAGUAACAAGAUCACUUCGAAAUGUUUCGUAUUUUUUCGGGAUGGAAAUACGUUUCAAGCAAUGGUUGUACUGCAACUAAUGUGCAUCACUUAGGAAACAUGAAAUUGUUGAAGCAAAGUUUCUAUAUCUCAUUAUCACUCAAUGGUUUGAAUUUUCAUUAGCCACAAAAGACCUUCUAUUUGUAACAUGAAGAUAUAUUUCUUAUGUUCAAACGUGCCAAACUUGGGCACGAUGUAGGUGAUCAUGUGGAGUUAUUGUAUCUGUGACUUUGUAAAUCAGCUGCUCCAUUUAUAAAGGGCAGUCUGGAAUAUUUCAAUCUUCUUCACGAAGAAUA